GUGGAUUACUGAUGUUUUGCCUUUUUCUUAAAACCUAACUUUGCCUUUUUCGUAAAUUCUCAAUACUGUACUCGCUUUAUUCAACACGAUUGCAGCAGCAACGAGCGUCGCAUGUCAAAUUUGGUGACAAUUGAAUUUUGCAAUUAUGGAAUCGGCGUGGUCAAAAAACGAGUUGGACCAAGUUGAGGAUUGCCCCAAGGAGCAAGCCAAUGUCAAAUUCAAUGACUUUCAUUUGAACGAAAUCGGCCAAAUAACAACACCAACAGUGGUGCAAAACGAACCAACAGUAACUUGGACGACAGAAAAUGGAAAAUUGUAUUCCAUUUUCAUGACAGACCCUGAUGCCCCCAGCCGAGCAGAACCAAAAUUUCGAGAGUGGUAUCACUGGGGUGUUAUUAACAUACCAGGAACUAAUAUAAAGGAGGGCCAGGUUGUGGCUGAAUAUGUUGGGGCAGGACCACCUGAAGGAACAGGUCUUCACCGGUAUGUCUUCCUUGUUUAUGAACAAAAUGAAAAAGUAGAAACCUCAGACAAAAUUGGUAUGGUAAUGAAAGGACGAGACACACAGAAAAUUCAGGACAUUGCAAAGAAAUACAAACUUGGGUGUUUAGUUGCUGCUGCGUGUUUCCAAGCCCAAUAUGACGACUACGUACCUUUGCUGUAUGCUAAGUUCCAAUAAAACACAAUAAACAAAUUACAAGUGUUGCUGUAUGCUAAAUUUAAAUCAGUGAACUUUAAGUUUUGAACUAUAUUUUUUUGUACAACUGAACCAUUAGCUUAUUGUGGAAAUGUUUUUUAUUUUUUGCUCUGUGUUAUAACCCUGCUUUUUUAAUCUAAUUGAGUUCAAUAAUACUGUAAUUCAUUCUUUUUUAACACAUACAAUAAACUACAAAAUACAGGA